AUGGGCGUGGGAGACUAUGUGCAUGCCAGACCACCCGGCGCCCAACCGCGAUCUCGCACAAGUGAAAACCAACCCCAAAAUCAUGACCAAAAUCUCUCAUCCCGACAGGCCUUAGCAGCCCAAGCAAGGGUUGAAGUACCGUCCACCAACCUGAUUGCUCCGGUACCACUACCGGGCAAUCAAGCCAACCUAUUUGAGCACUAUGCGCAGCAGCCGCAACCACCACCAGUCGAAGACGCCGCGCACAGGGACAUGUUCGACACCGACGUGGAGGGAAUUGAUGACUCGACCAUCGCAGCAACCAGCGUGUUAGGAUUCGACGACAUUCCCCCUCAGUAUCAAUUAUCAUCCACAGCGCAGCAUCACGCCGCCCCCGACCCGAAGAUAUUCCAACCGCACCCGUCCCAGUCUCAUCCCCCGCAACGCUCGCACGAUGCCAAUUGGUACGCGAGCUUUGGCGACAACGCCCCGAAGUCGGCUGGCUUCGACUCAGGGGAUGCGGCCGACGAUGCCGAGAGCCAGUUAACCUCCGUCGUGGGGGAUGAUGAGCAGUCCGACACGACCGAGGACGCCGCGGAUUAUGCCCGGCGCUACAGGUCGUCAACCACGACGGCCAACGAACCCCUGAGCAAGCGUCUGCAGAAUUUCUGGAGCGCCAGCCGUCGCACCUAUCAGAAUCCCACCGAGGACGCUCCCGCCGCGAUCCCCGCCGUGUACCUGGAGCCGGCUAAGGCUUCCGGUCCUGGAACACUGCGGCAAGCCCACUCCGACUCCAGGAUGAUGACCGCCAGUCAGGUCUUGCCCCUAGCCGGCGGCAACAGCCGAAAGGUCACUCUCCCACGCAGCAUGACAGCGACUCCCCGGACGAGGUUCAGCCCCCCGAAGCCCACCCUCCUGGAACAGUUAGAUUUGACCCCGACCCGCCGGACGUCUGGACCACGCCCCCAGCCAGGCAAGGACAAUCAGGAUCAAAAUCAUCGCGACAUCGCGGAGGAGUACGGCCUUUUCGACAGUGACUUCAGGAGACGAGGGAGCCUGCCCCCGCUGAGUGCCUUUGACAUCACCAACAUCGACGACCUGGACAACGACCGCGAUGAUAAUCACGACCACAACAAAGACGACCACGACCACGACCACGACCACGAUCCCAUCAACGAUCCUUUCUCCCGCCGCCUAUCUGUCCAGCGCAUCAGCCCAGACAGUAGCUCCAGCCCGAAACUCCAAGAAGACCCCUCUUCCAAAAAGCGCCAGCUUGAACCCGACUACCCGCCCGAAGUCCUCCGCCAAAAAUCCUUCGCGGACCUCCAAUCCGAACCCUUCGACCAUAUCCCCAACUCCUCCGCCGCCACCCCCGCAGAAACAAAAACCACGCCACCUCCCCCAGAGAAGAUGUCGCACCUGUUGAGUCUCGCCGACAAGGACCGCCGGGAGUUCUUCUCCGGCCUGACGAUGGACGCAUGGGAGGACUACGGCGACCUCCUCAUCGACCAGUUCUCCGCGACGUUGACGAAGAUGAAGGAUCUGCGGCGCGCGCGCCGACGGACCGCCGCCGUCUUCGAGGCGGAGAUCCGGAGACGGCACGAGCUGGUCGAGGAGCAAUCCGCCGAGUUGUCCCGGAAGCUCAAGGAUAUGAAAAGUGGUGGGGCGGAGGUUCUUCGGGGGCGGACCCCUACUCAGUGA